AAACGGGAGUGAGGGUGGACGGCCCCUCAAGACUUCUGCCGACGCCCCGGCCGCGGUGAAACGUCCAGUGAAGUGACCGAAUGAGGCAAUCACUUGUCGCAAUGGACCGGCGAUGUUUUGCAUACAAAAGGGCCGGCGUCAGGGACGAGGACAUGACAUGACAGGGGAGGGAGCUGGCGUUUAGCACUAGUUCCGGCAGUAGAUGGGGAAGGACGCUCGCAGAUUAGUUUGCUUGUAUCAUUAACAAAAUAUGGCAGAAACAGUGCAGAUCUCUAAUGAAGAGCUGGAAGAACUUCAGGCAGCAUUUUCAAAAAUUGACACUGAUAACUCAGGAUACAUUGAUAACAACGAACUCCAUAACCUCUUUCAACAAGCGAAUUUACAAUUGCCAGGCUACAAAAUUCGUGAAAUAAGAGAAGAGCUCGCAGCUGCUGGGAGUCAGAAAGACCAGAUUAGUUUUGAAGACUUCGUUGGACUUUUCUAUGGCUUAAAGAGCAGUGAUGUUGCAAAGACAUUCAGAAAACAACUCCUGAAAAAGGAGGGAAUCUGUGCCGUUCAUGGAACUGAAAAGUCUAGCGAAGGAACUCAGCACUCCUACUCUGAGGAAGAAAGGUAUGCCUUUGUUAAUUGGAUCAACAAGGCUUUGGAGAAGGAUCCAGACUGUCAGCAACUGAUUCCUAUGGAUGCCAAUAGUGAUACUGAGCUCUUUGCUGCUGUUGGAAAUGGUAUCAUCCUUUGUAAAAUGAUCAAUCUGUCAGUACCUGACACCAUUGAUGAGAGGACGAUUAACAAAAAGAAGCUCACCCCAUUCACUAUACAGGAGAAUUUGAAUCUGGCUUUGAAUUCUGCCUCAGCAAUUGGGUGCCAUGUAGUUAACAUCGGUGCUGAGGAUCUCAAAGAGGGGAAGCCUCACCUUGUCUUAGGUCUGUUGUGGCAGGUCAUCAAAAUUGGCCUGUUUGCAGAUAUUGAACUGAGCAGAAAUGAAGCACUGAUAGCCCUGCUGCGAGAGGGUGAGGAUCUGGAGGACCUGAUGAAGCUAUCACCUGAGGAGCUGUUGCUACGUUGGGCAAACUACCACCUGGAAAGUGCCGGCUGCAAAAAAGUGAACAACUUCAGCAGUGAUAUCAAGCUGACUGACUUCUGUAAUUUGAAGGAUUCAAAGGCUUACUUCCACCUUCUCGAUCAAAUUGCACCAAAAGGUGAUGAAGAGGACAAGCCUCCAAUUUCAGUUGAUAUGUCUGGUAUUAAUGAGAAUGACGACUUGAAGCGAGCAGAAUGCAUGCUGCAGCAAGCUGACCGGCUUGGCUGCAGACAGUUUGUCACCGCAACAGAUGUGGUCCGAGGAAACCCUAAGCUAAAUUUAGCAUUUGUCGCAAACUUGUUCAACAAGUAUCCAGCUCUUCGGAAACCUGACAACCAAGACAUAGACUGGAGCCUUCUUGAAGGUGAAACAAGAGAGGAAAGGACAUUCAGAAACUGGAUGAACUCACUUGGUGUGAGUCCUCGGGUAAACCACUUGUACAGUGACCUGGAAGAUGCCUUGGUGAUUCUGCAGCUCUACGAAAAGAUCAAAGUCCCAGUGGACUGGAGUCGGGUGAACAAGCCGCCUUAUCCUAAACUGGGAGCCAACAUGAAGAAGCUGGAAAACUGUAACUAUGCAGUUGAACUGGGAAAGAACAAGGCAAAGUUUUCACUCGUUGGGAUUGCAGGACAAGAUCUGAAUGAAGGCAAACAUAUGCCAACUUUAGCCUUGCUAUGGCAGUUAAUGAGGAGAUACACAUUAAACAUGCUGGAGGACAUCGGUGGCGGAGAGAAGGUCAAUGAUGAUAUCAUUGUAAACUGGGUGAAUCAGACUUUAUCCGAGUCAGGAAAAAGUUCCUCUAUUACAAGCUUUAAGGACAAAGAAAUUAGUUCAAGUCUACCAGUACUGGAUCUGAUUGAUGCCAUUCAGCCUGGAUCAGUCAAUUAUGACCUGGUGAAGACUGGAGACCUGACUGAUGAAGAGAAACUUCAAAAUGCCAAGUAUGCUAUUUCAAUGGCAAGAAAAAUUGGAACUCGAGUCUACGCCCUUCCAGAAGACCUAGUCGAAGUGAAACCGAAAAUGGUUAUGACUGUUUUCGCCUGUCUGAUGGGGAAAGGAAUGAAGAAAGUCUGAAUGAUCUGAGCCAAGUUAAAGUGAUCUGUUUUUCUUCUCCAUAGCCUAGAUGCAAUAUUCAAAUGUGGAACAUUUGCUUAGGCUCCUUUUUGUUUUUGUUUGUUUUAUCCACAACCGUUUUAACUGGCUUUGCUACUGCUGAAAUAAUCAUAAUAGAUUGAAGUGCCCUGUUGCCCCAGGCAUCGUAAAACAAAAAAACUUUAAGCAUUUAGAUUGCACGUUGAGCCACAGAACCUCUCCGCACAUUAAUCUUCCUGCACUAAUCAGUGUAUUUACCCACUGCCCAAACAAAAUUGCCGAUUUUCAGCAAAUAUGAUUUGAGUGGUGUCAGACAGUGAGUGUUCGGAGGCACGUUUUAUCAGUACUUUUCUGCACAAGAGAACUCCUGUGCAGCAGUGAGAGGUUUUUGAAGAUGUUGUGCCCUUCUGGUAUACUGGCCCAGGAUUUUCUGGAAAAUGGUAUUUUGAAGCUCUGGCAAUUAGAUUUGUUUGUGCAUGUUUACAGUGUAAAAACUUGUCCCCUGUAAAGUUUCUGGAAGUGCAUGCUGAUUAAAUGAAGUGAGGGCAGUGGGGCUUCUGGAACCUUGGGUGAACAACAAGCCAAAGUAGCAAUCUCCUUUGGGAAAUUAGCAGCAAAGGACUGACAAUGUAGGAAAAUUCAAUAUCCCAUAUGCUACAGAAAGAUGGGGAAAAAAGAAGUGGGGAGAAGGUUUUGAGUUGAGGGAUUGCAAAAAAAUUCUAAGCAAACUGUGAUGAUACAAGAAUAAUUUAAAAUUUGAAAUUUCGAUUAUCUCCUAGGACACUCCUAAAGAUUAGGAAAUGGGAUUCUUGUUUAUAUUUGUUUCUGGGUUGGCUACCGAUAACAGUCUUCACAUUAAAAUCUUCAUUCUGCUAUGAAUGGCCAGACCUAGCUCUCUGACAAGUUCAGUGGACGUUUAUUGUCCAAAUGCAGUAACUCUAUGGAAGUUCAGAGAUUGCACACAACAUGCAGUCUUUGUGAGGUAACUGCAGAGUGAAACAAGUUAGUUAAAAACUUAUGGUAAUUUGUAUUUAUUGGAAACCCUUUCUCUCCCCACGAGUUUGAUCUGCAUAGUGACCACAAUAAACAGGAUGCACCAUUCAGGUAGCCUUUCUUAUUUUUAUUUUUAUUUUUGCAGAAAAAUCUGGCCAUUAAUGUUUUGUCAACAUUUGCUAUCAUGUUGAUAUGUGAAGCCAGCAUUUUCUGAUACAGCUAGAUUGAGACCUAAGAUUGCAGCUAGUCUGCUCUCUCACUUAGCAGCUUGGAUGUGCUUCUGUAGAUCAAAAGAGAUUUUAAUUGACAUUUUUGUAGACCCUACACCUUAGCCCAGAAACCAUGACUAACCAUGAGGAAUGAACAAUUAGCCAUUCCUGCAGCAAACUUUUUGGCCUGUUUAUUUUACAUGGGUUAAUAGUGUUAGGACAGUACAGUUUUGUGCAGAUGUGUUGUUUGUCCAUUAAUUUGUCAAUAGCACACCCAGAGAUGUAUCCUCUAAAUAACUACCAGAAAUUAGUCCCACAUUACAAACAAAUGCAAGCUUUUGUUCGUAAAGAAUAUCUCUUAGGUCAUUCCUUCUUUGAAUUCCUGAAACAAUUUAUCAAUACUGAAUGUCAACUAACCAAAAAGCCCCUCAAUGUUGUGCCUCAUCUGCAGUGCUAAAGAAUCAAAAUUACUUAAUUUUCAUAACUAACUUUUCUACCCAAAGAGAGUUUGUUUUUUAUAUUUUGGUUUUUGUAAAAUUCCUCUGAAAUGCUAGCUUUAAGCAUAAGAUGCUGUUUAUUUAAGAUACUUGCAAACCAGAAAUUCACACCUUUACGUAAAUAUACAGAUGAAAUAAAGAAAAUAAUAAAAAUGGUUUGACAUCUCGCAAGUAAAA